CUGCAGGACACCACAGUGACCACAGCACCACCUACUGUUCUCCAGGGUUGAAGAAGGUCCAGACACUGAAGGCCACCUGAACUUUAAGUGAAAAUCAUGGAGGACCGAGAAGCAUUUAAUUACAGUCCAAGAAGAGGUGCUGCCAGUUUUCAGUCUCAGCCAGACUUUGAGUCAAGCUCCCAGUUUGGUCUACCAGUUUACAGCAGGGCUUCUGGGCUGAGCCCUCAGAAAGAUGCAGAUGCCUAUGAAGACCAUGACCAGGCGGAAGAGGUGUUACUUUCUAAAGGAAGUGACAGACUCAGAAUGGAGAGGGCUUCCGCCCCCAAACCUAAAGAUAAACUUGGUUCCUUUAACUUCCAGUUGGGAGAUGAGGAUGAAGACUCAGAUGAUGAGCCAACUGUCGUCUCUCUCCCUGCUGUGUCACCUGGGGCAAGCAUAACCCAGGAUGAAGAGAUCAUCCUGGACCAGAUCAAGGACUUCGAGAUUGAAGACAAUAGCACAAAGCCUGAAGUCUGGCAAAGUGAGUGGCACAAGAAACACAUGGCAGCAAUAAGUAGUGAGAAGUUUGACAGCCUCCUGAAGAUGUUUCCUGAAUUCCACGACUCCAAGAGCCACAUGGCGGCAUUUGUUUUGAUAAGGGAAGUGUUGGAUAGUGCAGGUCGACCCUGUGAACAUUACAAGGUGGUGGCACUGGGGGAUGGACGUUCAGGCUGCACCCAGCGGCUUGGCUACAAUGGGACGAUGGUCCAUGACUGCCACGCCAUCAUCAUCGCCAGGCGGGCUCUCCUAAGGUUUCUGUACAAACACCUUCUGCUCUUCUUUGAUGCUGAUCCAAAUGCCAAGGAGAACUGUAUUUUUGAUAGCAGUGCAGAAAGCCAUCAGCUUCCGCUCAAACCCAAGAUCAGCCUGCACCUCUACACCAAUCAGUGUCCUGAAGGAUCCGCUAAGGACUUCUGCUUCAAGGGCUCUGUGAACAACUCUUGGACAGCAAUGAAGCUGCUGUAUCACGCCAUGGGCCAGCUGGUCCCUAUAGUCUACCUUGAACCAAGUUUCUGGGGCGCCAGAGUUUGCUGCAUGUCCAGUAGUGACAAGCUGUGUCGCUGGUCUUUCACUGGGGUUCAGGGUGCAUUACUGAGCCACUUCAUUCAGCCACUCUACAUCACCAGCAUGGUGCUAGGGGGCCAGAAGCUCGUUAACGUAGAGGGGUCUGAUGUCACCAACGUGGAAGGUGAUGUAUGGGAGGAGUUUCUGCCGCCAUCCUACAAGAAACACAAAAUCGUCUGCCUCAGUGGCGACUACGUGGGUCCCGUUGUGACCUCCUCACAGAACAAGAACCUCAGCAUCAACUGGUGCCUUGGUGACAAGGAUAUUGAAGUUCUGGACAGUCGCAAGGGCUACAUUGUUGAUGGCUCUCCCUAUAUAAGUGGGCCUGGCUUUUCCAGCAGACUCUGCAAGAGAGCCUUCUACAAUUACUUCCUCCGAGUUGCAGAGCUGGGCGGGCACAGCUAUCUGCUGGAGCUUCCAACCUACCACAGCGUCAAGGUGGAAGCCGAAGUCUACCAGACAGUCAAACUUCUGGUCAAGCAACACUUUGUAAACAUCAACGUAGGUCCGUGGAAUUCAAAAGAGAUGGUGGAUUGCUUUCAUGCUUGAACUCUUUUUUUUUAUUUUAUUUUUUUAUUUUUUCUUCUUCUGUUAAAGUUUAUCCAAGUUCCUCCUGAGAUUUUGUUCAAUGUUCUGGAAACAAAACAUCCCUUAAAGUAAUUUGAUAUUUAUUUUCAUGUAUAGCGUUGGUGGUGUUUUCUGUUUGUGUAGGUGUGAAAAAUAAACUGGACCUUACCGCACCACA